AUGGAAGACGAGGACAUUUACUACUACGAUAAUGUCACUGACAACGACACAUACUCAUACGAUCAGGACUACCUGGACUCAAGCCUUCAUGGUUCCAACAUUUUUCUGCCCGUGAUGUAUUACCUCAUAUUCUUUACAGGAUUUUGGGGCAACCUUUUUGUGAUCUCAGUGGUGGGGAGCAAAGGGAAGAGAAGCGGUCGCCUGGUGGACACGUUCGUUGUCAACCUGGCCCUGGCCGACCUCGUCUUCGUCCUCACGCUGCCCCUGUGGGCCGUCACCAGCAGCCAGAACAACUACUGGAACUUUGGGCAGGCCAGUAACCUACUGUGCAAGCUGAGCAGCUACAUCAUUUCUGUCAACCGCUUCUCCAACAUCUUCUUCCUCACCUGCAUGAGCAUUGACCGCUACCUGACCAUCGUGAAAAUGAUGGAUUCCAGGUACCUCAGGAGCAGUCGGUGCAUCCGCCUCACCUGUGCUGCUCUUUGGUUCACCUCCCUCGUGCUCGGCAUCCCGUCUCUGGUGUACAGAGAAAUAAAGCUGCUAGAUGGGGGGCAGACCUGUCAGGAUGACAACUCAAUGUUUUUUCUUGUCAGGAACCUGGUCAUGGCGUUAGUCACGUUCAUCUUUCCCGUGUUGAUCAUCGUGCUCUGCUACGGCACCAUCAUCCUGCACCUAAACAGACACUGCGUGGCUGCUGGAAACCCUCGAGCCGAGGCUCGCCGCAGACACUCGCUGAAGAUUGUUUUCUGCAUCAUCGUGGCCUUUGUUGUCUCCUGGCUGCCAUUCAACACCUUCGAAUCGAUACUGAUAAUAUCGCAACUCGCCAAAAUCGAACUCACCGGCGAUACUCAAUUCAGGCUAAAUAACGGGAAGCAGGUAUCGUGCUGCCUGGCCUUCUUCAACAGCUGCGUGAAUCCUGCCAUCUACUUCUUCCUGGACAAUCACUUCAGACGACGGGCGCAGGUCCUGUACAAGAACUGCACUGGGAAACCCAAACUGCUGCAGAGCUUUAACUCCUCGACAUCCUACACCAACGGAGCCACUUCAGAGAGCUUCGCAACAAAUGGUGGGCGAUCUCAGCUUCAAAUGUCUCUGUAGGAGGACGAGGACGGUUUAUUAAGAUCUGCAGGCGAAUCAUUCAGUUGA